AUGUAUUAUCAAAGUUAUAGUGUUGAUGGUAAAUUUGCGUUUUGUAAGCAUGAGGUAAGUAUAGGUGGAAAGUUGUUUUUGAUUGAUAGUGGGAAGUUUGGGGUGUUAAAGAAAGAGUUGCCGAUAGUUGAUAAGUAUGGUGUUAGACAUUCAGUUAAGAAGUAUGUUCCUAAGAUUCAUAUUCACCGUGUAAGUGAAUAUGUUGUGAAAGUAAGACAGUGGUUUAGAGAUGAAAAACUAACUAUGACACCUGGAUUGAGAUUUCUUGUUGUAAGGGUAUGUAGCAUGUUGGGGGUAGUUCCUUUGGAAAAUCUUAGAGAUGUUUAUCCUUCUCCUAGAUGUGAAGCACAUGAGUUUCUUUUAUAUGGAAUUGUGGUGCCACAUUUUGGGUGGUACGUAAGUGAUUGUAAGUACUAUAGAAGGUGGUGUAAGGUUGUGAGGGAACUUAGUAGGGAAAGGUCUGAGGGAAGUGUUAUAGCACCUCGAUUUAUGAGUUGGGAGGAGUGGUAUGAGUGGUACUGGGGUGAAGAGAAACAACUUGGUAAGAAAGGGUUUAUAAAAUGUGGACGUGUGUAA